AUGGUAGGGAGCAUGGAUUUGAUCCGAGACCAGGACAGGAUGUUGACAGCAUUUUCUGGACGUACAGAGACUUCAUCUGUUUGUUGGGCAGGUGAUUUCAACCAGGAUACGACGGCCGAUCUAAAAUUUGUGCAGAUCAUUUUUACGACGCCGGUAAGUUCACUUGUCGCUACUUCUUCGCAGUUACGUAACACCAAAUGUGCUUUUAUACGGCUUUCAUCGGCUUCUCUUUCAUCAUCAUAG